CAUCCUUUGUUUUACUUAUCAAUCCAGCUUUUCGUAGUUCCGCGUAUUUGUGAAGUGUGGAAGUAAGUGCUACCGAGAGAAUAGCGUCGUCAUUUUAAUAUUGACAGCGAAUUUAAGGGUUAUAAGUUUGCAUUCUUUAAGAUAUUAUUUAAGCAUCAAGUUCAAGUCUGUAAAACUAUAUGAGUUGGUUGAAGUCAUGAGACCGAAUUUAUGUUUAAGAACGAGGAAGGUCAGUGCGACUAUAGUUAAGCUAGCUAGUGACUCGGAACGCGAGUCGUGCUUUAUUGUGUAUUUUAAUUAACAAUGGUGAAUAGUAGGGGUUACUUAGGCGCCCUGUUUUGUUUUUAUUUUACUUAUUUUCACAUUUAGCGUCUCCAAACAAAAAGUAAAGAAACGGCUCGUCAAGUUCCACCCAUGACGUUGUCGGACAUUUUGUGGUAAAUACAUGGCGUGACGAGAGUUUUAGUUGCUCUCCUUGUGUUUGCUACAAAAAGUGUUGUGAACGAUGGCAUGUAGUGAUUUAUGAUAAAUUAAUUUUCAAACAUAUAAGAUGGUGUUCAUUUAGCCCAAAUUAUGACAUAAAUGUGUUCGACAUGUUUUCGUUUUAACAACAAAAUGCUUCCAUCUGCUGUCCGACAAGGUGAAGUGCUAGUUUGCCGGAAGGCGUGACAUGAAAUAAACUGACAUUCGGGGCUGAAACUGAAACAUUAAUUCUGAAGAGGCUACUGAUGUAUCAGUUGCGUCAUUAAUAUUUAAGCAAUUGUAAUAACAAAUAAUGAUAAUAAAUACCUAAUAACAUAACAAUUCAAAUUUUAUAGCGAUGCGAAUAGGUAAAUUAAUUAAACAAAGGCGUUGUAUAAACAUAUCAUUAAUUUAUCCGUGGUCGUGGUAGUUGUAUUUAAAAAUGAGUACUGUUUGAAAACUGCUUUUUAUCCGGGAUACUAGGAAGGCGGAACCUUUCUCUGCUAGGGGGAAGAUAAUAAAUGACGUACAGGCAUCAGACACGUUUGCCUCUACUGAGAUAUCUGCUGUUAAAACUUUAGGCUGAUCAUUGCUUCUAAAACAAUAGCUCUACCUGACAAUGUUUCAUUGUUCUGUGGCUGACUGUAAAUGUAAUUUUGUGUCUCUAUUUUCUGGUUUUAAUUAAUUCACAGCGGUGGAUUCGCAAUGCAUUGUGGGGCGCGGAUUUCUUUUAAAAUGCUCGUUUUUCUCCUUGUAUGUACGUUAUGGCAGCUAUCUGGUCCGUUUUAACAUUUUGGACCUGAGCGCGACAGAAAUGAUCCAAAUAUGGGUUUUGCUCAACCAUCAGUGUAGUAGCUUUGUAGGAGGACGGGGUCUGCAGCUCGCCCUGAUCCAAGUUAAGACUAUACUUUCAGGGAUCAUUUCUAUAGUAUCUAACUGGAGAAAUGUGUUUCUAAAGUGUUUGGUCUCGCUAACCAUGAUGAAGAGUCGUGAUACUCCUUCCUGAGCGGGAAGCGGACAACAGAUAAUGAUUCAGUUCAUACGUCUGUUGUCAUUGAUGACCGUUCCUUACUUCCUCGUGGAGUAAUGAGGGUUGGGGUAUGAUCAGAGUGGUUAUCGGUUAUUGUGUAAAGUAAUUGUACCAUCUUUGUGUUGUUCUCGUAAAGCAAUAAUUAAGCGUCGUAGGUGUCUGAAUUACUUUAAAUUCCCGUCCUAAACACGGUGUGUGUUUACUGUAAAAUAUGCUACGUAUUCCAUUGCUCGACUAAUGUGCAUGUCACCGAUUUCAUGAACCAUCGGUGUAAGAGGAGGAUGAGGUCGGCUGCUGACCGUGUUGAAAGUGAGGAGGGACCAAAGAUGAGUCAUAGUGACGAGUAUGCUAAGCAGAAUGCAAACCACCAGGAAGUCUUAAGUACUGAAGUGCUGGGUGCAGAGUGGCUAGCUUUUCCAUUCAUGGUUUUGCACGUGUUGCGACUUCAUGUCCUCUCUAGAACCACCAAGUGGCCAUUAAUUGUACUACAGGCAGCACAAAUAAGGUUACAUGCCAAGCCAUCGCAGGGAACACACGCCGGUUGUCAAACUGAAUUUUGCGUGGUGCUGGAAGAUUAGAAAACAAUGCGUGACUAUGAUUUUAUCAAUGAAUAUGGCAACAAAUAAGUCACAAAAACUACAAAAUCACAAGUUUGCAACUAAGUUUAUUUCAAAAUAACAUAGGACAGUGGAAGUAAAACUUCCAUCAUUCCAUGUUGUUCCACAAUUACUUACUAUGAUUUUCUGAGACAAUAUUGUUCAAAGACAACUUUGCAAACUCCCAGAACACUGAGGUCUGCACCCACAGCAGCAGGAGAACUGGAGUCAUUGAACAGCACAGCAGUCUGGGACUCGCCAUGUGUCUGGGUUUUUGAUAACUCGUGGUUUGGCCUUUAUUAGACAGAUAAAUGUCUGAUUUUAUUGACAGACAUAUUUACUUAAAUGAACCAUGCUGCGCUCUACAGUAACUGUUUUGACUGCCGCGAUCUUGCAGCUGCGCAGCUGUCUGCAUGAAGAGAGCAGCGAGGAGGAAGGAUGCUGAUUUUUACUAAGUUGUUGACUUGAUUCCCAGACAAUUCAUUGGUCAUUUUUGACGUCUGGAUCUUGCAUCCCUGCUAAAAAUUGCUCAUUUGUCAGUAAUCUCUGUCACUGUGUUCAACGUGUGUGAGAGCGGCGUGGAUAAAUCAAGAGGCUCCGUAUUCUGCAGUGUGUACGCUGGAGUAUGAUCAGAGUGAUGAAUGAGUUGCGUCAUUAAUCUUUAAGCAAUUGUAAUAACAAAUAAUAAUAAAAACAUAAUUCAAAUGUUAUAGUGAUGUGUAUAGAUAAAUUAAUUAAACGAACUUGUUGUAUAAACAUAUAAUUAAUUUAUCCGUGGUCAUGGUAGUUGUAUUUAAAGAUGAGUACUGGUGAAAACUGCUUUUUAUCCGGGACAUGCGGGAGGCCGAACCUUUCUCUGCUAGGGGGAAGAUAAUAAAUGACGUACAGGCAUCAAGACACGUUUCCCUCUACGAAGAUAUCUGCUGUUAAAACUUUUGGUUGAUCAUUGGUUCUAAAACAAUAGCUCUACCUGACAAUGUUUCGUUGUUUUGUGGCUGACUGUAAAUGUAAUUUUGUGACUGUAUUUUUUAGUUUUAAUUAAUAUACAGCAGUGGAUUCGCAAUGCAUUGUGGGGCGCGGAUUUAUUUAAAAAUACACAUUUUUCUCCUUGUAUGUACGUUAUGGCAGCUAUCUGGUCCGUUUUAACAUUUUGGACCUGAGCGCGACAGAAAUGAUCCAAAUAUGGGUUUUGCUCAACCAUCAGUGUAGUAGCUUUGUAGGAGGAUGGGGUCUGCAGCUCGCCCUGAUCCAAGUUAAGACUAUACUUUCAGGGAUCAUUUCUAUAGUUUCUAACUGGAGAAAUGUGUUUCUAAAGUGUUUGGUCUCGCUAACCAUGAUGAAGAGUUGUGAUACUCCUUCCUGAGCGGGAAGCAGACAAUAGGUAAUGAUUCAGUUCAUAUGUCUGUUGUCAUUGAUGACCGUUCCUUACUUCCUUGCGGAGUAAUGAGGGUUGGAGUAUGAUCAGAGUGGUUAUCAAAUGUGAUGUAAAGUAAUUGUGACAUUUGUCAAGUGUCACUUUUCUCAGUUAGCUGACUCAUGCUGUAGUGGUAUUGGGGGAUUAGAGUGAUUUGUCUUCUAAAGAACCAUGCAGCAAAGCAUUGUGGGCGUCCAGUACUGAUUUAAAUUCUCGUCUUAUACACGAUGUGUUUGCUGUGAAACAUGCCAAUGUUCCAUUGCUGGUCUAAUGUGCAUGUGACCGAACCCACUGAAAGAUAUUUCCAUGAACCAUCAGUGUAACAGGAUGGGGGUCGGCUGCUGACCAUGUUGAAGUGAGGAGGGACCAAAGAUGAGUCAUAGUGACUAGUAUGCAAAGCAGAAUGCAAACCACUAGGAAGUCUUCAGUACUGAAGUGCUGGGUGCAGAGUGGCUAGCUUUUCCAUUCAUGGUUUGACACGAGUUGAGUCAGGGUGGGAAUCGGACUCAGGCCUUUUGAGACAUAAGCCGCUGUGUGUAAUUCCACAACUGUCCUCCAGUACUCCCCUUGCUGCCGCUGAGGAGGUGUUGGUUUUCACAAGUUGAGAAAGUGGGAGUGGGGAUGGGUAGCAUGAAGAGUGCCGGUGCUUCAGACAGACAUCACGCCCUAGUGACAGCAGCAGCUGAAUCCAGAUCAGACUUUAAAAUCGAGUCCACACAUGAAAUUCUAAUGAAUAUUUCAGAAUAAUUAAAUCCAAAUAUUAGUGGAAAAUCUGUUUUCAAACUUGUUAUGGUGCAAAUUUCACCUCAUUAUUCCUCCCAGUGAUCAUUUCCAGGAUGAAAUAAGAUACCUGUAGGCUGGCUCCUUAAAACUGAAUACACAUAUAAACAAGCCACAUGAGUCAGUCUUCUGAAUUGCUAUUUGGAUCCCCGAGAUCUGGCUCCCUCCAAAGAGCCAUAAAUACAUCACUACUGAGGAGUGUCUUGAUACUCACUCAAAAAUGAACAUAUUUUGAUUACAAUUUGAUGUGUCCACAAUUAUGGUUUAUUGUUGCCUCAAAAUAACUAUUGAAUCAUGGUAAUUAAUUGACGUCAUUGACUCACAUUUACCAUAACAAAGAUACUAGACUAGAUACUAGAUAGGCUUGAAGAAGAUUCUAAUGUAUUAUUGCAGAUAAUAAAUGGAAUUUUGGUGUUUAGAGUCAAUAUUCAACAAUGGAUUUGCAAUGCAUUGUGGGAAUCCACAAUCUGAAGCAUUGUGGAUUCAUCCAUACACAUUUGUUUUCUUGUCGUAUAUUGUGUAAACUCCCAGGUAAACGUUAACAUUUCAGAUGUCCGUGUGACAAAAACAAUCAAAAAUAGGUUUUGAUCAACCAUCAGUGUAAUAGCUUGGUUGGGGGGUGGGGUCUGGAGCUCAUGCUAUGUAAUGCUAAGACUAUACUUUCAGGGAUCAUUUCUAUAGUUUCUAACUGGAGAAAUGUGUUUCUAAAGUGUUUGGUCUCGCUAAGCAUGAUGAAGAGUUGCGAUGCUCCUUCCUGAGCAGGAAGUGGACGACAGAUAAUGAUUCAGUUCAUAUGUCUGUAGUCAUUGAGGACUGUUCUUCACUCCCUUGUGGGGUAAAGAGGGUUGGAGUAUGAUCAGAGUGGUUAAUGCUAUGUGUAUGACAAGAUGAUUUAGUUCUUUGCUGUAGUCAUUGGUUUAGAAACAAGAUGGUUGUUCUAAUAACUCUUUGCUGUAGUCAUUGUUUUAGGAGACGUUCUGAACUUCAUUGUUGUGAGAGUUUUCCCCCAUAGUGACUGUUUUAUCACGAUUACAUGAAGUGCUGAUAUUACCAUAGUGCCAAGUGGUUUUCCUUCGCACACUGCAUGUGACAAAUAUGUAUUAACUUCAAUGAACCUAGUCUUCUCAGGGCUUCUCUUUCUUUCCUGUUCUCGUGAUCUCCAGCAGAGCAGGGAUCAUGUCUGAGCGAGCAGCACAGACAGGGGUGCACUUGCAUUAACUCUUUAAGGAAACUUAUUAUACAGUACAAUAGUUACAUAUACACUACAAGCUUCAACAAACACAUCGGUCGCACCCCCUUGGUAUUGAUACUAUCAAUAUCUACCCCCAUUUCAGAUGACUGAGAACUUGUGACAGGUGAGACUUUGUGUGGGGGGCUUGUAGCGAUGUUGUGAACGGGCUACGGACAAGUGCUUUAAUGUUGAUAAAAUACCUGCUAUUUCCUGCGUCUCCAAACCAAACAUGAUGCCAGGUCUCAUUACUGUACUAUAGAGCUUUGGUUUUACUCUGCGAUGCUUUAACCUUAACAUUAACCAUCAGUGUAACAGUUAGGUAGGAGAAUGAGGUCUGGAGCUCUCCCUGCCUGAAGUUAAGACUAUACUUUCAGGGAUCAUUUCUAUAGUUCUUGACUGGAGAAAUGUGUUUCUAAAGUGUUUGGUCUCGCUAACCAUGAUGAAGAGUUGUGAUGUUCCUUCCUGAGUGUGAAGUGGACAGAGAAUCAUGACUCACUUCAUAUGUUCUCUGUCAUUGAUGACUGUUCUGUACUUCCAUGUGGAGUACUGAGGGAAGGAGCUUGAUCUGAGUGGUUGUUCAAUCAUCUUUAAUGGUAAUGUUUUUAAAUAUUUCUAUCAUUGGUUGUCUUUGCAUUAAAGCACCCCUCUCCAAACAUAAUGCAUGCUCACAUUACUGUACUAUUAAGAUUACUUUUCACUCUGCAAUAGGGAUUCUCCGAUCAGGGCCGAUCACCGAUACAGAUCACAUGGAUUAACAAUGGAUUUGUUAUCAAAAUUAGACCUGUGUACAUGAUGUGAAAAAAAUGAGCUUUGAAUCAUUUUAAUUCAUACACUUUUUUAUAUACCUCUUCAAGGUGGCAAAAAUAGAAAAACCUUCCUGAGUGCAGCAAUUAUUCUGUGAAAAGGACAACUGAAAAACAGGUGAAUCUCUGGAGACUGUGCUAUGUCCGUGAAAUAUUUACAUACUGUAGCGGGACUCCGAGACAGAGAGCACUGCAUUUAUGAAAGUUUCCACUCCGGAUGUUUCCAAAAGUUUCAGAUUCAGGUGGCUGACGAACGCUACACCUGACUCGGCGACAGAUCCGGUCGUUUCUGUUUCAGUCUCCGCGUAAUCACCACCUGAGAAAGGCUGGUCAACUAGCUUGAUGAAAUUAACAAUUAUUACUGAUCAUUCUGAAUGUCACGCUUGCACCCGCGGGUGUUGCUAACUGUCAGCUGCGCUAACAGCCUGCUGCUGAGGAACCAGCGGUCUCACUUUCAUGAGCCCAGAAAACUCUCCGUGCUCUGUGCUGAUGCUUCAAAUGGUGUGUUUAAUUUGAAGGCAGUUCCCUGCACAGCAUUUUCACGUGCAUGUGCUGCAGGAUGCAAACUUUACAUGACAAAUUAAAAGAAUCUUUACAGCAGACAUGCUGCAACUUGGUGAGCAGCGGGUAGGAAGGAGCGGAUGCGUCACAACCAGCGGGGCUUCAUCAGAGCACCGGCUGUCACACGUGAUCAGUUGUUGUGAUCGGCAUUCACCGAUCAUGCUGUAAUCGGCCGAUCAUGUUCGGUGACCGAUCGAUCGGAGCAUCCCUACUCUGCCACGCUUCUCUCACAGAUCACCCAUGACAAUUCACUCCACUCAUUCCAACGUGCCUGUGCUCUACACUUUGCCUCUUUUAAUCCCUCCAUUACUUUCAACAGUAACAUAAACAGGUGUAUUCUGUCUUGCUUCUACUGAGCUUCAUUCCACUUGUCACCUGCUUGUACCUCCAACUCAUCUUUACUCUCUCCCCAAAUCUCUAUUCUUUCACCUUCACCUUCUUCUACCGCUUAUCCGGGGUCGGGUCGCGGAGGCAGCAUUCGGAGCAGGGAAGCCCAAACUUCCCGGUCCGCACAAACCUCCAGCUCAUCCCGGGGGAUCCCGAGGAGUUCCCAGGCCAGACCGGAGACAUAAUCUCUCCAGCGAGUCCUGGGUCUUCCCCGGGGUCUCUUCCCGGUAGGACAUGCCCGGAACACCUCCCCAGGGAGGCGUCCAGGGGGCAUCCGGAUCAGAUGCCCGAGCCACCUCAACUUGUUCCUCUGGAUGUGGAGGAGCCCUCACUCGAGAACAAGACCCCGAGAUACUUAAACUCCACCACUUGGGGCAAGAACUCUCCACCGACCUGGAGAGAGCAAAUCACCUUAUUCCGGUCGAGAACCAUGGCCUCAGACUUGGAGGUGCUGAUCCUCAUCCCGGCCGCUUCUCACUCGGCUGCAAACCGCCCCAGCGCAUGCUGAAGGUCCCGGUUCGAUGAGGCCAGCAGAACAACAUCAUCCGCAAAUAGCAGAGAUGAAAUUCUGUGGUUCCCGAACCGGAUCCCCUCCGACCCCCGGCUACGUCUAGAAAUUCUGUCCAUAAAAGUGAUGAACAGAACCGGUGACAAAGGGCAAUCUCUAUUCCAUCUUGGUCAAGUUUAAUGAUCUAUUUCAAUGUUUUGUGAUUCAUCAUGAACAGCCAAGAUGAUUGAUGUACAAAUGGCUUGUUCAAUGCCCAUGUGAUCGAACCUACUGAAACGUAUGUUUUCAUUAACCAUCAGUGUAAUAGUUUGGUGGGAGGAUGUGGUCUGGAGCUCACCCUCCCUGAAGUUAAGACUAUACUUUCAGGGAUCAUUUCUAUAGUUCUUGACUGGAGAAAUGUGUUUCUAAAGUGUUUGGUCUCGCUAACCACGAUGAAGAGUUGUGAUGUUCCUUCCUGAGUGUGAAGUGGACAGAGAAUCAUGAUUCAGUUCAUAUGUUCUCUGUCAUUGAUGACUGUUCUGUACUUCCAUGUGGAGUACUGAGGGAAGGAACAUGGUCUGAGUGGUUCCUCAGUCUUGUAAUGUGUGGAAAGUUGAUAUUAGGAUUUAACUGUUUCUAACACUGGACACUUUCUUUGUGUCACAGUUACUGACUCCAAACCAAACGCCAUGGCAGGUGAGUGUGAAGUGGACAGAGAAUAAUGAUUCUGUUCAUAUGUUCUCUGUCAUUGAUGGCUGUUCUUUACUUUCCUUUGGAGUAAAGAGACUAGGAACGUGCUAUGAGUGGUUAUUCAAGUUCUUGAACAGUAGAUCUACGUCAUACGUGCUCUGCCCUCUGAUGGGCUUCGCUAUUGGCUACAUAAUCUCAAACUACAUCAAUAUCAAACGACCUGUCCCGCUUAACUCCCAUCGCCAGGAAUGCCAUGUUUAUUCCAUUUACAACUGGAUCCACUUUUGACCAGUGGGCCAACAUGGGCAUCAAAUCAAUACUUGAUAGGUAUUGUGAUGGAAUGUUUGGUCCUUUGAACAAAUAUGAACAAAAUUUUAAAUGAGUGUGAGAUAUUUACAGAUGAGAAGUUUUACUGCCUCUGACUCUGCAUGUUUCUGUCCUGUCCACCACCUCCCUCCUUGAUUCGGUCCUUGGGUGUAACACACCCAUUAAACAAACCAUAAUAAGAAUAUAUCGCUUACCAAAUGUUCAUAACCCCACAACACUUGAUCAUGUGACACAGAAGAGGGAGACAUUGGGCGACACAUAUCUGAAAAUGUCUGGCAAAGAGCUAUAAAAAGAAUCUAUUCAUCACCUAUUUGCCUGUGUGGUCAUUCAAUUUAGGAUUGUACAUUGCCUACAUUGGUUCAAAUAUAAGCUAACAAAAAUUAGCAGUAAUUUUAAUUCAGCGUGCGAUAGAUGCCACCAGUUUCCUGCCACUCUGUUCCACAUGUUUUACUCAUGUUCAAAGCUCACUGUAUUCUGGGACUCAGUGACUGGGACUCACAAUUAACGCGAUGCAUUUCCCAGCACUACAUAAGUAGCUAGUACUUUCCCAGCUGAGGUGGUAUCAUUGGGUGCUGUUUGAAUGUCAGGCUUGGUAGAAGAUCAUUAAUGACCAAGGCGAGGAAAGUGUAGCCUGACACUGAAUGCCACUGUUGACAGUUUGACUAUUACAGAAAAAAAGAAAACAGAAUUAACUAAUGUUCUUUUAAGAACUUGAACAACCACUCAGAGCAUGUUCCUUGUCUCUUUACUCCACUCUCUUUAUAAGAGAGCAAGGCAGGUUGGAACAAGUGGAGACAACUGUCAUGGGUGAUCUGUGAGAGAAGAGUAGCAGUAAGAAAACUCUAUAGUAGUGAUGUGUUCGCUGUGUCGACCCUUCGGUGCGUGUACCGAGUAAUCUGGCAGCGAGUAUAUGAACAGCGCACCGAGAAAUGUUCAAAUGACGCAUCUGAUGACGUAGCUGAAGACGGUUGAAGCCUCGAACAGACCGUACCACGUGACCGGUUCAGGAAGUGGAUCGAGCAGUUUAAUUCCCGAUUUAAGCGGCACAAAGCGCAAUGGAGGUCCCCCGUUUUGUCACGUUUUGUGAGCAUUUGGGACCGUUUUGUGAGCAGCUGUGUGUCGAUUAUCGAUUACUGUUGUCAUGGAGCCAUCGAGAGAGAGAAAGUUUUCCCCGGUUUGGGAACACUUCAAUCUCAUCUCUGCCAACAAGGUGAAGUGCAGGUUGUGUUCGAAAGAGCUCAGAUACAACAACAACACUUCAUCUAUGUUGAGGCACUAUUGGGCCCUGCAUGAGACGAAGGAGACCGGUUCUGAGCAGCCCAGCAUCGAUGAUAGGAGUGGUGUGGACGAUGCUUUGGUUGACAUGGUCAUCCUUGACUCUCAGCCCUUCUCCUUUGUGGAGGACAAGGGGUUCAAGAAGCUUGUUGCUGCUUUGAACCCUGGCUAUGUCCUUCCUACCAGACAGGCUUUGAAAGCCAUGGUGGAGAAGCGGUAUGAGGAGCUCAAAGAGAAGGCCAAAGUGUUGGUGUCAACUGCUUCAGCAGUUAGUCUCACAUCAGACAUGUGGACGUCCAUCAACACGAAUGCCUAUCUUGCUGUGACUGGGCAUUUCAUUGACACUAGCACAACGUUGCAAACGGUUGUGCUGGGAGUCGUUCAUUUUCCACAGUCCCAUACAGCGGAAAAUUUGGCCCAGGUGAAGUCCAGGCUCAUGUUGGAGUGGGGCAUCACCGACAGAGUCACUUGUUUAGUGACUGAUGGCGCACCAAAUAUGGGGGCCUGCAGCCGGCACCUUCAAUUGCGUCACACAAAUUGUGUGGCGCAUACAUUGAACCUCUUUAUUAAAAAGGCUAUUGAGCAAAAUCCUGUGCUGUCCAAAAUCCACAUUGAUGCAAGGAGGCUAGUGGGAUAUUUUAAGAGUAGCACAACUGCGAAGGAGCGGCUGAGCCAAAUGCAAGUUCACAUGGGCCAAACAACCCUGAAACUUGUGCAGGAAGUCGACACUCGGUGGAACAGCACCUUCCAUAUGCUCCAGCGGCUCCAUGAUAUGAAGGAGCCCGUUGCAGCAGCAUUGGCAGGCCUGAGGACCGAGAUAGCGCCACUCACAAUGGAGCAACUCUGAAAGUCCUGGCUCCCUUCAAUGACGCUACUGUGGAGCUGUCUGAGGAGAAGAGGGUGUCAGGAUCGAAGGUGAUUCCUCUUCUUUCCAUGUUAUGCCAUUCCCUAGAGGAAGAGGAGAUUGGCAUUCUUCAAAUGCUGGAGUCCAGAGACAUGGCAGAGACUCUGAGGCGCCAAUUAAAAGAAAAACUGAACAUCAUACAAACCACGAGUGUGCACUCACUGCCGACGCUGCUAGAUCCCCGAUUUAAAAAAAAUCGGCUUUCAUUCUCCCAGCAGAGCAGAGGGGGCAGAAAAGAGACUUGUGGCAGAGUGUGCUGCAAUUGUAAGGGCCACAACACCUACCUCCUAUGCUGCCUCCUCCUCUUCCACCUCCUCUUCCCCCUGCUCCAGCUCCCCAUCAUCCCCAACCAUACCAGAGGCUCCUCACUCUACAAGUAAAGGCAGCAAACUGUGGCAGCGGUUUGACAAGAAUGCCAGUCAAACACGCUCCAGCUGCACGGCAGACUCCGUUGUGGAGGAAAAAGAUAUGACAUAAGCACAUGGCCCGUACAUGUCACAGGGCUUCAGUGACCACCAUGGACUCCAGUCAGCAGUCCUGGCCAGGGGUUGGCCAACUGCACAGGCCAAGACAGCAAUGCAGCACUGCAGAGGACCAUUCCUGUAUAUUGGACUGCGAUUGAGAAGGUGGCGAACAGGAACUGUGCACAGGUAUCUUUAACACCUACUGAUAUAUCAUAUCAACUAGUUUCAUGUCACAUGACCAACAUGAUGAUUCACUGUUCUAUUCACUGACAAUUUCAAAUCUGACCGUGACUGUUUCUGAUUUUCAGUCUUUCAGUCUUUAGUGCUGCUGAGGCAGAGUCCGCAAUGCGACCCAAAUCUGCUCCAUGACAUUCAACGGCCUCCUUAAAAGUUUAAAUGCUGUCAAACGAUCAAUCAAACGACCUGUCCCGCUUAACUCCCAUCGCCAGGAAUGCCAUGUUUAUUCCAUUUACAACUGGAUCCACUUUUGACCAGUGGGCCAACAUGGGCAUCAAAUCAAUACUUGAUAGGUAUUGUGAUGGAAUGUUUGGUCCUUUGAACAAAUAUGAACAAAAUUUUAAAUGAGUGUGAGAUAUUUACAGAUGAGAAGUUUUACUGCCUCUGACUCUGCAUGUUUCUGUCCUGUCCACCACCUCCCUCCUUGAUUCGGUCCUUGGGUGUAACACACCCAUUAAACAAACCAUAAUAAGAAUAUAUCGCUUACCAAAUGUUCAUAACCCCACAACACUUGAUCAUGUGACACAGAAGAGGGAGACAUUGGGCGACACAUAUCUGAAAAUGUCUGGCAAAGAGCUAUAAAAAGAAUCUAUUCAUCACCUAUUUGCCUGUGUGGUCAUUCAAUUUAGGAUUGUACAUUGCCUACAUUGGUUCAAAUAUAAGCUAACAAAAAUUAGCAGUAAUUUUAAUUCAGCGUGCGAUAGAUGCCACCAGUUUCCUGCCACUCUGUUCCACAUGUUUUACUCAUGUUCAAAGCUCACUGUAUUCUGGGACUCAGUGACUGGGACUCACAAUUAACGCGAUGCAUUUCCCAGCACUACAUAAGUAGCUAGUACUUUCCCAGCUGAGGUGGUAUCAUUGGGUGCUGUUUGAAUGUCAGGCUUGGUAGAAGAUCAUUAAUGACCAAGGCGAGGAAAGUGUAGCCUGACACUGAAUGCCACUGUUGACAGUUUGACUAUUACAGAAAAAAAGAAAACAGAAUUAACUAAUGUUCUUUUAAGAACUUGAACAACCACUCAGAGCAUGUUCCUUGUCUCUUUACUCCACUCUCUUUAUAAGAGAGCAAGGCAGGUUGGAACAAGUGGAGACAACUGUCAUGGGUGAUCUGUGAGAGAAGAGUAGCAGUAAGAAAACUCUAUAGUAGUGAUGUGUUCGCUGUGUUGACCCUUCGGUGCGUGUACCGAGUAAUCUGGCAGUGAGUAUAUGAACAGCGCACCGAGAA